AUGGUGGCGAUCCCGGUGAUCGACCUGCGGCUCGCCGGCGCCCGGCCCGAGGAGUCGGCGCGGCUGCGGGACGCGUGCGAGCGCCUGGGCUGCUUCCGCGUGUCCGGCCACGGCGUGCCCGCCGCGCUCCAGGCCGAGAUGAAGGCCGCCGUGCGCGCGCUCUUCGACCUCCCCGACGACGCCAAGCGCCGCAACACGGACUCCGUCGUCGGCAGCGGCUACGUCGCCCCCAGCCCCGCCAACCCGCUCUACGAGGCCUUCGGCCUCUGGGACGCCGCCGUCUCCGCCGACGUCGACGCCUUCUGCGCCCGCCUCGACGCGCCGCCCCACUCCAGGGAGGCCGUCAGGAGCUACGCCGAUGCGAUGCACGCGCUGAUCGUGGACGUCGCCGGCAAGGUGGCGUCGAGCCUCGGGCUGGUGGAGGGCCACCCGUUCCAGGACUGGCCGUGCCAGUUCCGCAUCAACAGGUACAACUACACGCAGGACACCGUGGGCUCCUCGGGCGUGCAGAUCCACACCGACUCCGGCUUCCUCACCGUGCUCCAGGAGGACGACUGCGUCGGCGGCCUCGAGGUGCUGGACCCCGCCGCCGGCGAGUUCGUCCCCGUCGACCCCCUCCCCGGCACGUUCCUCGUCAACAUCGGCGACGUCGGCACGGCGUGGAGCAACGGGAGGCUGCACACCGUGAAGCACCGGGUGCAGUGCGUGGCGCCGGUGCCGCGCAUCUCGAUCGCCAUGUUCCUGCUCGCGCCCAAGGACGACAGGGUGUGCGCGCCGGAGGCGUUCGUCGACGCGGAGCACCCACGCCGGUUCAAGCCUUUUAACUACGACGACUACAGGAAGCUCCGGCUGUCAACAGGGGAGCGCGCCGGCGAGGCGCUCGCUCGGAUGGCGGCGUGACAUAGCCACGUGACGGUGUCGAGCCUCAAGAAUACUGCUAAGCUGUUCAGUCACACUAAAAGAAUGUUGACUGCUAGAGCCAGUGAGCCUGUGAAAUUGCCAUAGAUUCCAAUCAACCAAAUCUAGUACUCCCCUAAACUUUUUGAGGAGUAUAAGAAAUGCAAAAGUUCUUGUUUUGGGA